CAGGAUCAUCAGGGACUGGCAAGGACCAGCAGGUGCUCCGAUGGAUCAGCAGUUGAGCGAAGCGGGAAGUUUAAUUCCUUCAGCAAAAGGUGGGAGAUAUUCCACCAUAUCUGCGUGCUUUAAUUUUGUCAACUCCAUCAUCGGAUCCGGUGUGAUAGGUUUGCCGUACGCAUUCAACCAAGCAGGACUUCCCUUUGGAUUUUUGCUUUUGAUCCUGAUUGCUUUCAUCACAGACUACACCAUCAUCCUGCUGAUUCGAGGAGGUCAUGUGUCGGGAGCCAACAGCUACCAGGGUUUGGUGCAAAGCGCCUUUGGUUUUCCAGGAUUUGUGCUUUUAUCGGCGCUGCAGUUCCUGUAUCCCUUCAUUGCGAUGAUCAGUUACAACAUCACCACCGCUGACACGCUCACCAAAGUAUUUCAGAGAAUCCCUGGAGUCGGUCCACAGCACCUCCUGGCCAACCGCCACUUUGUCAUCCUGGCAAGCACGCUGCUCUGCACGCUGCCGCUCUCGCUCUACCGACGUAUCAACAAGCUCGGCAAAGCGUCCUUCCUGUCCAUGCUGCUGACGGUCGUCAUCCUCCUCAUCGUCAUCGCCAGGGCGGCCACCUUGGCACCGCAAAUCCCCCCGACGCAGGAUGCUUGGAUGUUUGCUAAAUGGAACGCCAUCCAGGCCGUUGGUGUCAUGUCUUCUGCCUUCAUCUGUCACCACAACAGUUUUCUCAUCUACGAGUCUCUGGAGCCGCCCACACUGGCCAGCUGGACUCGGGUGACUCACAUCUCGGUGGGCUCGUCGCUCAUCAUCAGCGCCACCUUUGCAUUGGGAGGCUACGUCACCUUUACGGGACACACACAAGGUAGAAGGCCGGCAUCCCCCCCCCCCCCCCCCCCCCUUCCCCAUGAUGUCUGUGCACCUUUAGGCCACACGCUGAUCUGGUAUUGGUUUUUCAUAGGAGACAUAUUUGAAAACUACUGCAGAGAUGAUGACCUGGCAACCUUUGGCCGCUUCUGUUUUGGCCUCAGCAUCAUCACAACAUUUCCACUGGAGUGUUUUGUUACGAGAGAGGUGAUCAGCAACGCUGUCUGCGGUCGGGCGCUGUCAGCAGUGGAGCACGUAUGUGUGACUGUGGUCAUCGUCGCGGUUUGCACGGCCGUAUCGCUGGCCUACGACUGUCUGGGAAUCGUCCUGGCAUUGAAUGGCGUUGUGAGUGCCACACCUCUGAUCUUCAUCCUCCCCUCCGCAUGCUACCUGAAGCUGUGCUCCGGUCGCUGGUAUCACAGCGAUAGAUUGAUUGCCGCCAUUUUUAUCCUUUUGGGCGUGUUUGUUAUGGUCACUGGCUUGACGCUGGCGGGUCUUAACCCCCAAGACUGUUCACACGGGGUGGAGAUGUUCUACUGUGCAGACGCCAACGUAUCUGCUACUCAAGCACCUGUAUGACUGAUUGACUUACUUACUGGAUAAUAAUGUCCUAUUGUAGCAUAUUGCAAUGCAGCGUAUACGCUAUGUAAUGUUUACAUGAUUGACUCCUAUUCUUAUCACCUUGGAAGCCAUGGAAGCAUUUGUGAUGUUGAGCAUUUGCAACCUCACAAAUUUGCUAUUUUUUUAUCAAAACCUUUACAAAACUCAUUCAUUUAUGCUUUUUAUCGGGCAAAAUCUUUCUGCAGAAAACGCAAUUGACUCUUCAGCCUGUUUACCCUGAGGUGGUCAAAAUUGACAAAUAUGUGACCGUCAUCAACUCCGACUUCUAUCUCACUCACGGGGCGACCAGAACAGAGGGUCAUCAACUCCGACCUCUAUCUUGCUCACAGUAUGAUCACAGUAAAAGUUAAUCAACUACGACCUCUAUCUCACUCACGGGGCGAUCAGAACAAAGGGUGAUGAGAAGAACUAGAGUGCCCAUGAUGCUUAUAGAGUGCCGUACCAGGAAGUAUAGCGAAACAGAAGCUAUGUUCUGAUAGGUUCAAAGUUUGAAAUGUUAAGAGUUAGUACAGCUUCUGUUUUGACAUGAACACAGCAGCAACUGUUCUUUUUUUUUUUUUUUACUGGUCCUUGGGUAUUUUUAGA